AUGGAUCCAGUAACCAUUACGACCUCAGCAGUCACGCUCAUCGAAGCGGGUAUUAUCACCAAGUCAUUGCGCGAUUUUGUUCACGGGGUUCGAACGGUGGACAGCCGGAUUGCGAAACUCUUUGAAGAGCUAGAGAACUUGACUACCUUCCUCAACGUCGUUGACCGGGAGCUGAAAAGAUGUCAGGCCUUUGAUCUCGCAAUCGUCGAAGAUGACCUAUGGCAGCAGAGUGAUAUCGUCUUGAUGGACUGCAUGGUGACACGUAUCGACCUGAAAACCUUGAUCCAGGAUAUCAAAAACACCUCUAGUAGCAAAGGUUUCGUAUGGAGGGCUCGUGCAAUGUUGGAUUUGAGCAUUCAUGGCAAUGAGCUCGUUUCUUUCCAGGAGAAGAUUCACAAAUCCAACGGGGCGCUGCAGACAAUCUUGCAUACCAUCAAUGUGGCUUUUGCCAUCAGAAGCAUUGCUAAUCAGACUGUCAUUUUGGACGAGCUUGAGGGGCUCAAAGCUUCGGUCGACAAAGCUUUUGCGAUAUCAGACAAGACCGCGGAGACGUUCACCCAUGUCAAGAGCCGUCAAUCGGAUGCGAGACUCGCUCGUAAUCUACGGGAUCUUGCGCGGGCAGCUGAGAACUUCUGGGUGACGGCUAGUUCGACAGCUGACACAUCCCACGGCGGCCGCAACGCCAGAGAAUUGAGAGAUAUAUCCAAGAGGCUAGCCCUCGCCCAGAAUGUGGGAUCUUUGCCAAGCAGUCCUUCGGAGGCACCUUCUUCCGAUAAUCCUGAGGUCAGCAGUCCUGAAGUGUCCAGUGAAAGCAGCAUUCUGGAAGAUGAAGAUGUGGAAGAGGAAGAAUUUGAAUUCAUGGUAGUGGAGGACCUUCAAAAAUUUGCUCUCGAAAAGAUCGAGCAACGGCAACUCACGGAUGCAGGCACAAGCUUCGAGGACGCAUUGACGCGACUUGAGAAGAUCAUAUCAGGUCUGAAAGACCAAGGUGGUAACGGGCAUAGGAGAUAUCUCUCUCGCCUGAGGGCCAUCAAGAUUCAAUUGGCGACUUGCUAUUUCUUCCAAGGCAACUGGAAGCUUGCAGAGCCGCUGGUGACCGAUCUGGCCGCGUCAAAGAAGGACCGAAACGGGGUCGUGUGCAACCUGCUGCACGCUCUCGCGCUUUCGUACCUUUCUAACUUCUCUUUUGAAAUUGCUUCGGAAACAUGUAAGCAGGCUGUCAAAGGAGAGAUGCUGCUUAGGAAAGCUCGCAAUUCUCGGGACAGGACUCGAGACCACCACCAAAGCCUUGGUCUCAUGGCUACCAUUCAAGAGAUGGCGGGCGAGCACCCCCGGGCAGAGGUCUUCCGUCGCAAGCUUCCAGCCUAUUUCAAGUAUGAACAUCCGGAAAACUUUCAAGAGUUCCUCCAAACCCGUCCGGAUUUUCUGUCAAUUGUUUUCGGGCCGAAUCCCUUAGAUUUUGGCUAUAUUGACACCACUGCCUCUCUUCGACAGCGACAGGCCGACCUUGACACCCAUAAAGAAGUUGUCUUAGGAUCUCUGGAUGAUAGCAGUCCUGGGGACUUGACCUCCAGAGACCAUGUGUUGACUCUGUCAGAAUUCCAUGGCUCCGAAGUCGAAGUCAGUCUUCGUCGACGACUCACCAAAGUCUUCAAGUCCGCGAAAGGUCAUGCCCCAAAGAAGCUUAAGAAGGCCGCGGCCUCAGAUGACAGCAGCCAAGACCACUCAUACUCAUCAAACCAGCCAUCGCCUUUAGUACGUGGAUGGCCAAAGCGUGCUGCUGAUCGAGUUCUCAAUCCCAUGAAGACUAAAGUGUGGUGGAAACGCCGGUUAAGAGGUCGAGCAAGGACUAUGGAGAAUGCUGGAGAAACACUCGCCUGGUCAACCGACGACAGCAAGGUGUGA